CGGGGGGUGCGCGCAGAGAAACGGGAGGAGGAGGACGGAGAAAGAGACAGAGGGGGGAGAGAGGGAGAGGAGACAUACUGGAUAAAGGCUACGACAAAAACAUGAUGAUAAUGGAGUCGAGGCGGUGGAGGAUGUCGGAUUUGCGAGAAAGGACUGUUGAGAUUUGACAGAGGGCUCGUGUUGAAACCGGUUUUAUUUCUUUUUUUUCAUUUUUCGCGUGGACACUAAAGGUUACCGGAGGGGAAAAGGGUGAGCACCCCCCCCCCACGGAUGCCUCGGAAGGUAAAAACGGGCUCCACCGCUGGCGCUAGAACGGCACCGAGACGCACGUACCCCUCUCACGGAUCGGUAAUAAAAGGACAUCCCGAAGGAAGCUCCGCACUGAUGGAUGAGGAUGAAACCCAGCUUUAACCCACCUCCACUGUGAAAUUACAGGGGGGAAAUCCUGUUUAUAUGGAUUUUUUUCAAUCUUCAUGGUGUAGCCCCAAAAAAGCGAGCCUUAGACAGCAAUGUUGAAUCACUGGUCUUGGUAAAUUAUUCAUUAUAGUGGUGUAGGUAUGGCUAUGAUUUUUUUCUACUGCUCCGAUGUAGCAUUUCCCCCUCAUUCAGUUUUACCAUGUUCAGCCUUGUGAUAUCACACACACAUUUGCAGGUUACAUUUUUCUACCGUGUGGUUAUGUAGGCCCACUUAAUAGCCUUUAACAAUAGCCAAAGUGGGGGAAAUCUAAGCACAUUUGAUAUAGAGUUGUUUUCUUCUAUGAGGGGGUGGAAAGAGAGAUACAAAACCCAAACAUGUUGCCUUCCCAAGAAGCCUCCAAGAUCUACCAUGACAAUUACAUGCGCAACUCCCGAGCCAUCGGGGUGCUGUGGGCCAUCUUCACCAUCUGCUUCGCCAUCGUCAACGUGGUGGUGUUCAUCCAGCCCUACUGGAUCGGAGACAGCGUCAACACGCCGCAGGCCGGCUACUUCGGUCUCUUCCACCACUGCGUGGGCACCGGGCCGUCGCCCAACCGGGAGUUCGCCUGCGUGGGCAGCUUCUCCGACUUCAGCUCCAUCCCGUCCGGAGCCUUCAAGGCGGCCUCGGUGUUCGUGUUGCUGUCCAUGGUGCUGACCCUCAGCUGCAUCGCCUGCAUGAUGCUCUUCUUCUUCUGCAACACCUGCACUGUUUACAAGACCUGCGCCUGGAUGCAGCUGCUGUGCGGAGUGUGCCUGGUGCUGGGUUGCAUGAUCUUCCCCAACGGAUGGGACGCCGAGGUGAUCCGGGACAUGUGCGGGGAGCAUGCCGGGAAAUACUCACUGGGCGAUUGCUCGGUACGCUGGGCCUAUAUGCUGGCCAUCAUGGGCAUCCUGGACGCCCUCAUCCUCUCCUUCUUGGCCUUCGUCCUUGGCAACCGGCAGACAGAUUUCUAUCUUGAUGAUUUGCAGAUAGACAACAAAGAUUUUGCUGUGUCAAGGAUUGAAGUGCGGGACAGAAGAGAGCCGAGGUAUGGAGUACAACGUCUUCACUGAGGGCAACAAUGGCUCUGGACAACUUCAUUCCUAUUCUCUUCUCUUUACUACAUCUGUUUCUUUCCCUCUCUUUUCUUCUGCCCUUUUCUUCUCUUAUCCCCAAUGAUCAGGAUAUCACCCAAUCUUAAUACAGACACCAAGUGUACAGGAUUCUGUAAGAUAAAAAAAAUACAGCUAAAGACAAUGGGAUAAACUAAAAAGAUGAAAUUAAACCAAGUUGUACAGUGCAUUUAACACUCAACUUUCUCAACAAAAUAGGUUUAUGGCAUCCUCUCAGCAAAAUGUCUUGAACAAAUUCAUAAGAGUUUUUCUUCUCCCUGUGCAGGAUGCAUAGUAUCUGUUUGUGACUGUACCUGACAUAGAAUUCAUGAAUUAAUUUGUAAUAUUAAAUGAAUCAGUUCGAACUGUUCUUUUGUUCUUUUAUGAGGCCCAUUAAGUCCAAUAAUAAUGGAAUUAGUCUAUAAAAUAGCCAGCAUGUUUUACAGUACUAAUACCAUAACAGAAAAUAAAGUCAUAGACAUAUCAAAAAAGUAUUAUUUAUGUAGCAUUGUGACAUCCCAACAAUAAUACCAAGAUUAUAUUUGCUCAAAGAAUUACAAUGUACAAUGAUGUAGCACCACAAUCAACACCAUCCCUAUCAGUGCUCGUGAUCAAAACAUAUGAGUUGAAUAAUGCGCUGAAAUAUUUGUCCCUGCUACAACAGCAACAAAAAGGUUGUAAACUCUACAGACAAACAAGACAACACAGAAGUGAUUGGCUUGGCACAGCUAAUGGGAGAACUACUGUAAUAACCAGGAAGUUACGCUACUUCGUAUACAAAAAAAUAGCAAAUGCUUCUUUCCAGCAAGGAGAUACUUUACUCUGUUUGCCGCUGCCGCUAUGAGGUCUGUAAGUCAACAUGUCAACUAUGAGCACAGUUGAUGAUGCCUCUGUAGGCAAUUGCCUGUGUCAAUGACACCGAUUGUCAUGAUAUCAAGUAUGAGUUGAACAUGUGACAGGCUGCAAUUGCACAUUACGACAGUUGGCUGGAGUCCAGAGCUCUUAUCGCUCUCAAAACAGUAUUUCACUGUAACUGACCCUCCUGCAGAACCAAACCAGUGUUGAGUCCCCACAGAAAUUACUUGUGUCAUAAAAGCAGACAGUUUAUUGUUUCAUAUGAGAAAUUGGAAUGCGUUGCCCAGUUGGGGGGGUGGGGGGGGAGAACAGGGGUCACACAAUCAUAGAGUAAGCCCUGAGAGGUAAUUUAAUCCAUUUCAAUGAACAAUUCAAUCACACAAAGGUAAUCUGCAGCAGUUUAUUUCUAACGGGCAACAUCACAUUGAAAUUACAAUCCAAUUAGGAAUUGGACUGCAUAUAUAUUAAACUGUAAUUCAUGUUACAAUUUGUUAGGGAUGCACUAUUAAAAGUAUUCAUCUUCAGAAAUCUGAUGGAAUCAUUAUUUAUAUAAAACAAUUGGCAGUUCAUCUGAACGAUUUGAUUUUACAUGUAAUACCAACGAGUCCUCCAACCCAUACCAUCACAUAGGAUGUUUUUUCAAACUCCCUAACCCUAAAGGAUUUCCCCUAAUUUAGCCCACCGAUGGCAGGACACCAGCAUGUCACAGUUUGGUUAGGUUUAGGUAAAAAUACGUUAUGUUUUGGAAAAUAUCCUUUUUUCUGUAGGGAUUAGGGUUAGGAUUAGGAUUAGGGUUAGAAUAAUUAGGGUUUUAUACAGAAUGUAGGUUACGGAGCCUACUUAUAUAAUUUACCUUACAUAUGUCUGUCACGUUACUUAAGUGAUUUAGAUAAAGACAUUUAAUGUUGAUAUUUGGUCUUCUGGGGGACCCAAUCAUCCACCCACUCCUUUACUUCGCUUUCUGACAUCCUAAUUUGCCCUCUCAUAAUAACAAAAACUAGUGCCUGGCGCCUAUGAAAAUACACAAAUAUGGGUUAUUAUAAGUUGCUACAAACAACCAAUGGAUUUUCUUUCUGUAAAAAUAUGUAAUUUCAUUUCAUUUCAAGCCUUUAUUUACCCAGGUGUAUCCCUUGAGAUCAUUGAUCUCUUUUUCAAGGGAGAUCUGCUAAAUGGGUUGAUUUAAAGUAAAAUAUUUAUUCCAGCCAGAUUUUGGCCUGUAUAAAUUAUUAGUGCAUCCAGACCCGGCGUCAUGGGCGGGCCAAAGCCUAUCCAGGAUUUGGGCCCGCUGUUUUAAUCAGGGCGGAAUAAAACAUUUACAUUUUUGUAUUAUUAUGUUUAUCGUUGUUAUUUGUAGGGCUUUGUCCUAAUAUUUAUUUUUGUAUUAAACUAUGUUGAAAAAUUAUUUUAAUAUCAUUUUUUUCUUUUGCUAGGAAAUUCUGAAUGAAAUUCUGAGUGAAAAUCUUCGCACGAGACUGGUUUUUCGCUGGGUUGAGUCGUGUGUGUUUUUUAAAGUGAGAUGCGGCACAGCAGCCUGUCAGUUUACUCUUGCUAGGUUAGUUUGGCUAUUAUCAUUUAUAUUUAUCUGCAACAAUGGAUAUCAGGAAGUGGUUCACGAACAAAAAGAGCUCACAAAAGGAAUAUGGCAACUCAGCGCCAGAUGCAGGCACAUUAGAAGACAUCAGUUACAUUACCAACGAGCUAGCAAGCCAGCCAGGGACAAGGGAGGCUGGCAAUCAAUUAUAUUUUGAAGAGAAAUUG